UUAUCAUAUCAUACUUUAAUUUUCCUUAAUUUUAUUUAAUCCAUUUAUUUAUUAUUAUUUUUUUACUAAAUCCAUCGCCUCUUUCUUUCUCUGCUUUCCAUUUCCAUAAAGUUCGCGAACCAAGCCUUUUCGCUUCACUUCGUUCCCGCACUCUCUGCUUUCUCUCUCGCCCCAAAACCAAACCCUAACACUCACGAAUCUCACUCCUCUCUUUCGAAUCUCGUUUACUCUAUACCUCAGUCCUCUUCACCGAUCUCAGAUCUGUUUCUUUAAUUACUCAAUUCAUAUAUCUUUAAGGCGUUGAUUGCUUUGAUACGAAUCUAGAGUGAACGGAAAUUCAAGUGUGGCAUUGAAUUAUUCGUGAAUGCUGUGCGGUAGUUUUGUAUUUCUGGUAGUUAUUAUUGCAAGGUUUGAAUUCAUUCCCAAGGGCUCUGUUAUUUGAUUUUGAUGGGAGAAGAAGCGGUUUGUGUGCAAGCCUUGGUAGAUGGAAAUACGGAAAACAAUGAGGAAUUGAGGACGGAAUUGAAACGUGAGUAUAACCAAUGCGUUGCUGAUACUGAACCCAAUGUUUCUCCGAAUAAAAAACAAGCAAAAGAAGUUUCAAACGAUGAAGUUCGUUCUGAAGUUUCAAACCCCAAUAUUUCUGCAACAGAACAUGCACUAACUUUUCAUGAUAUCAGUAGCCAACCGACUGAAUCGGCAGAUGUUAACCAUGCAGAGUGUGGGGAACUAACUUCUACUUGUUUUGAGAAUUCUAGUUCUCAUGAGACUUUGAGUGAUGAAGCCGGUAAUCAGAAUAAUGAUAACGAUAAUAAUAAUAAUGUUUAUGAGAAUGAUAAAGGCACGAGUAGCACGGCAGUGAUGUCCUGUGUUGUGAUGGAAAUCCCGAAGCAUGUUAGUUCAUCUGGUAUCAGAAAGAUUACUUUUAAGUUUAGUAAAAAGAAGGAGGACUAUGGUUAUCAAACACCUAUACCUGAUGGAAAUGGUUAUGGCUUUCAUGGGGAUGAUGAAGAAUAUUUGGCAAAGGAUGAUUGUAAUAGUGGGUUGUUAGAGAGUUCAUAUGGCAUGGGAUAUGUUCCUGAUGGAUAUGGAGAUAUGGAGUUGUAUUCUGGAAAUAUGGAAUUGAAAAUGUCAAAGAAAGUUGUCCCCAACAACUUCCCCACAAAUGUCAAAAAGCUGUUAUCAACUGGUAUCCUUGAUGGAGCUGCAGUGAAAUAUAUUUACAAUCCCGGAAAGGUUGAGCUCGAAGGGGUUAUUGGUGGUGGUGGAUAUUUGUGUGGCUGUUCAAUGUGCAGUUACUCCAGAGUGCUCAGUGCCUAUGAGUUCGAGCAGCAUGCUGGUGCCAAGACUAGACAUCCAAAUAAUCACAUAUUCCUAGAAAAUGGAAAACCAAUUUAUAGCAUUAUUCAUGAAAUAAAAACUGCUCCACACAGCAUGCCAGAUGAGAUUAUAAAGAAUGUGGCUGGUUCAUCUAUCAACGAGGAAUCCUUCCAGGUUUGGAAAGAAAGUCUCCUACAAAGCAACAGGAAGGCUCCAACUCGUAAAAAUUACAGUACAAAGUUUGUUGGCAUGCCUCAUACAAACAACAGUCAUUAUGUAGAAAAUGCAAGCCACGUCUCAUCUUUGCAUGGGCGAAAUCAUUUUGAGCAGCAAAUGUACGUGAACCAAACAACUGAUGAGUGGAAACGUGUGGUGAAGAAGCCAAGCUCCUGCAUUUCCAACCUAGGUAUACCACAAAAGAGAAGUGCUGAUGGUUGCACUAAGAAGAGGGACAAUGAUUUGCACAGGUUACUUUUUAUGCCUAAUGGCCUACCAGAUGGUGCUGAGUUGGCUUAUUACGUCAAAGGACAGAAAUUACUUGGAGGUUACAAACAGGGAAAUGGUAUAGUCUGUGGUUGCUGUGAUAUAGAGAUAAGCCCUUCACAGUUUGAAGCCCAUGCUGGAAUGGCGGCUAGACGUCAACCUUACCGCCACAUAUAUACUUCCAAUGGACUGACACUUCAUGACAUAGCUCUCUCUUUAGCAAAUGGUCAAAACCUUACCACGGGAGAUAGUGAUGAUAUGUGUGCAAUAUGUGGAGAUGGAGGAGAUUUGAUUCUAUGCAAUGGAUGUCCUAGGGCCUUUCACGCAGCCUGCUUGGGUUUACACAGUGUACCAGAUAGUGGUUGGCAUUGUCUAAAUUGUAAUGAUAAUACUGGUAAUGGAAGAGGUGCGAGGCCAAUCAUGGUACGGUUGACACGGGUUGAUAAAGCACCAGAUUAUGAAAUGGGUGGAUGUGUUGUUUGCAGGGAAUAUGAUUUCAGUGUUGCUAAAUUUGAUGACCGAACAGUAAUAAUUUGUGAUCAGUGUGAGAAGGAGUAUCAUGUUGGUUGCUUGCGGGAUAUUGGACUGUGUGAGUUGGAAGAGCUUCCCAAGGAUAAGUGGUUUUGUUGUGAUGACUGCAAUCGAAUCUAUGUGGCUCUACAGAGUUCAGUUUCCGCCGGAGCAGAUACUAUACCACCUUCAUUGUCUGAACUAAUAAUUAGGAAGCACGAGGAAAGGGGAUUAUGUACACAUGGAGAUGUGAAUGAUAUUCAGUGGAGAAUUUUAAGUGGGAAAAGUCGUUAUCCUGAGCAUUUACCGUUACUUUCACGAGCUGCUGCAAUUUUUCGAGAGUGUUUUGAUCCCAUUGUUGCUAUAUCUGGUCGGGACCUGAUUCCUGUUAUGGUCUAUGGGAGAAAUAUUUCUGGCCAAGAAUUUGGGGGAAUGUAUUGCAUCGUUUUAAUUGUGAAUUCUAUUGUAGUAUCAGCCGGACUUCUUAGGAUUUUUGGCUGCAAUAUUGCUGAGCUUCCUCUGGUAGCUACAAGUAGAGAGCAUCAAGGAAAAGGUUAUUUUCAAGUGCUGUUCUCUUGCAUAGAGCGGUUGUUGUCUUCUCUAAAUGUAGAAAAGCUGGUGCUCCCAGCUGCAGGGGAUGCGGAGUCAAUUUGGACAAAGAAAUUAGGCUUUCACAAGAUGAGUGAAGAUCAGUUAUCAAAAUAUCUUAGAGAGGUGCAGCUCACCCUCUUCAACAAAACUUCAGUGCUGGAAAAGACAGUGCAGCUGGCGACAGAAUGAUGCUUUAUCUGGCGUUGUAACUAAUUUUUGGUCAUUUAUUCAAUUUUUUAGCAUUUUUCCUCACUGUAACAUUACUGCUAUGUUCUUGCACCUUAGCUUUAUUGUUUUUCCUUUCUCCUAUAUUUUUUUUUUGGAGUAUAUGGGUGGUUGUGGCAGCCGGCCAUGUCUCCUUCUUCUUGUACAAUGUAGUGUAGGAUAAAUGGGGAACGUGACCUAAAGGAUAGAAGUUGAGGUUUGAAAGAGAGAGCAUGCUGACCAAUUUUUUCAUUAGCAUGCAUGCGCGCUAUAAAAUUUUACUGUAUUGAAUUUUGUGUUUUCUUUAAAGAUCUUGCAUCUUCGUGGUGAAUUGACAUCCAUGAUUGUUGGC